AUGUUUUCACCAUCACUUCUCCUCGUUUAUUCCUCCUUAUUUCUUCCCACGCUAUGUUCUCCCACUUCCAAUAAAAAUGGCCUAAUAGUCCAAACGACCAGUGGUGAACUUCACGGCUUCAUAAAUCAGACCACACCACAAGUUCGUCAAUUUCUAGGUGUACCAUAUGCUGAACCUCCUGUCGGAAACUUGCGAUUUGCAGCACCACAAACGAAAAGUAAGGGAUCCACAAUCAACGCUACAACACUCCCUCCUUCGUGCAUGCAACUUGCUAGUAAUAGUUCGACGAUAUAUACAAAUGUUGUGCCUCAAUUUUUGAUCAAUGGAGGACAAAGUGAGGAUUGUUUAUAUUUGAGUAUUUGGACUCCUGCUACACCGACAAAUCAAAGUCUUCCUGUGUUUGUUUAUAUACCAGGAGGUGGAUUUACAAGUGGUGGACAAGAUUCGUUAUACAAAAUUCCAGAUCAAUGGGUUCAAAAAACUCAAUCCCAUAUUGUGGUUGUGAUGAAUUACCGUGUAAAUAUUUUCGGAUUUCCAAAUGCAAAAGCUAUUACGGAGGAUCGAAACCCUGGUUUACUUGAUCAGAGAAAAGCUGUGGAAUGGGUUCACGAAAACAUUGCCUCCUUUAAUGGAGAUCCUGAUCGAAUGACACUCUGGGGUCAAUCUGCUGGCGGUGCAUCCGUAGAUAGUUACGGUUACGCAUAUCCCAAUGAUCCUAUAGUGAAAGGUCUAAUCAUCGAUUCUGGCUCCGCAUAUCUUCUCGGUAGUACCGAUGCUCCUCAAACAAAUUUCACUUCUCUCGCUGGAAUGGUCGGAUGUAAAGAUCUUGCACCAGAGGCAGAAAUUGGAUGUAUGAGAAAUGUUUCAGCCAAUGCAAUUGAAGAUGCUUUGAGUGCGUAUGUGAGCAGUGGUGCUACUCCCGAACUUGCAUUUACACCUUUUCCGGAUAAUGUUACCGCAUUCUCCAACCCUGCGGAUAGAGCCGAGAGAGGACUUGUAGCGAAAUUGCCAGUAAUCAUAGGAUCCAAUACAAAUGAGGGAGCUGGCUUUGUGACCUUCUCUGAAGAUGGUCCUGGUGAAGCAGUAUUGUAUGCAACAACCCAAAGUAUAAUCGCUUGUCCUGUUGCGCAGGAAGUCAGAGCUCGAGAGAAUGUGGGUUUAACAACAUACCGCUACCAAUACACUGGUAACUUCACCAACAUUUCCCCUCUACCUUGGAUGGGCGCUUAUCACAGCUCCGAACUCCCUCUCCUCUUCGACACGCACUUUUUAUACCGUAGUAAUUCCACUCCGUACGAAUACGAAGUUGCGAACACAAUGCAAGCACUAUGGCUUUCGUUCGCAAAUGAUCCACAGAAAGCACCAUCGACAAAUGAGAUAACUUGGCCUGUUUAUGACAGCGAGCAGGAUAGUAUGCUUUUAUUUGCGGAAGAAGAUGUAAAGACGCAAUUUGUGAGUGGGGAAAGAAUUGAUGGGAAUUGUACUUUUUGA